UUUUGGUACAGAAAGCGACGAUAAUCAUACCAUUGAAACGCUAAAGCUGUCGCUACCUAAUGGAAAUACAAUGGAUACAGAGAGUUAUGAUAGUGGGAGUGUCAAUGAAGAUCCCGACACAACGAUUGACUCUUGUACCACUGAUGGUGUUGGUUCGCGGGUGGAUAAAAGUUAUGAUAUUGGAAGUGACGAAGAAUUAUCCGAAGAAAGUGACAAUGAAGAAGAUAAAGACGAAGAUGAAGAUGAACCUCCAAAAUUAAAGUACAUUCGGGUGAAUAAGCUUCCAGCCAACUUUUUUGUACGUGAUGCUCUAUCUACCAGUACGUUUCACGAAUCAGUCUUCAUAUUCGCCACUCACUCGGGUCUAAUACAUAUUACAAGACCUGAUUUCACUACAAUCAGGACGUUCAAGGCCCACAGGGCAUCUGUUUUAUCUUUAUAUACAGAUGGGAAAUUCUUCGCAUCAGGAUCGAUGGACGGUACAAUUGUUAUAGGUUCAAUUGAAGAUGAGAAGGACAUUGUUGCAUUUGAUUUCAAGAGACCUAUUCAUGCGGUCAUAUUGGACCAGAAUUAUCACAGAAGUAGAAGUUUCAUCAGCGGAGGGAUGAGUGGUAAAGUUAUUUAUUCUUCUAAAAACUGGUUGGGUCAAAGAUCUGAUGUCAUUCUCGAUCAAGAUAAGGGCCCAAUUGUUUCUAUUCAAAAAAUUGAUGACUUAAUAUUAUGGAUGAGUGAUGCUGGUAUUACCGUCUAUCAUAUCACAACGAAAAGAGUCAUAUCUACAAUAAAAAAACCCGACAAUUCACCUAGGAGUGAUUUAUAUUGGCCAAGAGUACACUUUCCUGAAGUUGAUAGAAUAUUGAUUGCAUGGGCUGAUCAUAUAUGGUCUUUAAGAGUGUCCAUCAAGUCAGUAGAUGAUGGCGAUAAUGUGCUGACUCAAACGCGGUCAGUUAAAAGUAAAAUACUCCUGUCAUCAAACACCAUAUCCUUUCGAGCCGUUCAGGAAAAAAAAAUUGAAGUCGAACAUAUUUUCAAGUUUGAUAGUUUAAUUGCUGGUAUAUCCAGUUUCAAAGAUGAUCUAUGGAUGAUUCUAACUUAUAAUACUCCGGAAAGGGAUCCCCAUACUAAUAAAAUGUCAUUCCCACCUCCAGAUUUAAAGCUUGUUAACUCUGCAUCAGGAGAUAUUGAACACGAGGAGGAAAUUGGGCUCAAAAAUAUACAAGGUUUAGGAUUAAAUGAUUACCUUUUGGGCUCUCAUAUAGGCGAAAAGACUCCUAGCUAUUUUAUCAUGAGCGCGAAAGAUGGUGUUAUCGCUCAAGAGACUCAAUUGGAUGAUAGGUUGAAUUGGUAUCUCGAAAAACGAAGAUUCUUUGAUGCUUGGAAUAUUAGUCAACAUUUAGUCUCCCCAAUUAAAAGACUCAAUUUUGGUACCCAAUACGUAGAUAGUUUAAUCACUUUAGAUAAUUGGGAAGAAGCGUCUGAUUUCCUAAAAGAACUACUUUGGUUGAAUUUAGAAGAUUUACCUGAAGCAGAUACCAAAAGUACCAUUUUGACUGGACGUUCAGAUAUUCUGCUGACUGAGGAAAUGGAUAACUAUGUUAAGGAAGUGACUUCCCAGUGGUCAAUUUGGGCAGACAUCUUCAUCAAAUCAAAUCAUAUUAAAGAAUUAACUGAUAUCAUUCCGACUAAUGCCAAGUUGAAUUUACCCCAUAACAUAUAUAAUACUAUUUUGGAAUACUGGUUAUCCAAAAUUGACGAUAAUGACACUUUUUAUAGACUUAUUAAUUGGGACCCCGACCUUUAUGAUAUAAAACUGAUUCAAGCAAAAUUGGAAGAAUUGUUGGAACGUGAUGAUUCGAAUGAUAAAUUGAGGAAAUCACUAACUGAAUUGUACGUUAAAUCGUUCAACCCCAUCAAGGCUGUUCCUCAUUUGAUACAUCUACGUGAUUAUAAUCUUAUUUCAUUUUUAGCCUCCAAUCAUCUACUUACAAAUUUCAAAAAUGAUAUUCCACGUAUAAUAACUUUGCGGUUUAAAUCAAAAGAAAUCGAAGAGUUACCAGUUCAGGAUUUGGGUGAGAAAUUAGCAGAUAUAAUUGAUAUUUUGGUUGAAAACAGACAUGAAAUUACCACAGGGGAUAUAAUUCAGCUUAUGUUUGAUAACCAUUUGGAAUUUAUAAACUACUUCUACCUAGAAAAAUUAGCAGCAGUAGAUGAGUAUCUUUCGUAUCCUUUCGGAAACGAGAGAAUAAAGCUAUAUGCCAACUUUGAUAGACCAAAACUUCUUCCAUUUUUAACCAAGUAUAGCAAAUAUGAUAUAGAUGAAGCUAUAAGACUCUGUGAGGAAAAUGAUUUCGUCGAAGAACUAGUUUAUUUAUUGGGUAAGAUUGGCGAAAACAAAAAAGCGUUGAUGCUAAUCAUAAAUGAAUUGGACGAUCCGGAGAAGGCAAUAAAAUUUGCUAAACACCAAAAUGAUAAAGAAGCCUGGUCUAUUCUUCUUGAUUACUCUGUGCAAAAACCAAACUUCAUCAAAGCUCUCAUAGAAUGUGCCGACGACCAAUCAAACUCAUACUAUGAUCCCAUUACAAUCUUGGAAAGAAUGCCCCAUAAUGUGAAAAUUGAAGGUCUUAAAAACUCAGUUACCAAAAUCUCGAACAAUAAUGAUUUGAAUCUAAUGUUAAAUCAACUUAUUUUGAAAAUUGUUUAUAAGCAAUCGGAAGAAGUGUCUUCUGUAUACCAACUGCAACAGCUCAAAGGUGUCGAGGUUGACAUAAGCUCAGACGAGAUCAAGAAUUUAGUCAACCGCUACGAAACAAUUGUGAUGUAUAGCGAGCCAGGUGCUACGGAUAAAAAGCUAAUUAAUGAGCUGAAACUAUUGAACGACACAGGACUGAUGCUCAACAAGAAGACCCAUUCUGGUUUGAAUAAGAAAUUGGAACACUUUUUCAUUCUUAAAAAACACAUAGAAUAGCCUUGGGAUUCAUAAAUCCAUUAUUUAAUUUUUAUAUAAUACCUUUG